CCAGCCCUACCAGUACUACGCCAUGCCCGCGGGCCAGUUCCCGGCACAACAGGCGUACGUGCCCGUGAACAUGGCCACUGGCGCGGGCGGCUACGUGCCCGGGCGCAAGAAGCACUUCAAGAGCCACAACCACCACCACAACGGCCACCACCAGAGCAGCCACGGCCAAGGGGGGCUGCAUCACCCCUAUUCCAAGCACGCGUCGCCGACACCCUCGCCGAACGUGGCCCCGGACUCGGGCGGCGCUGCCAAGCCGCGAGGCGCAGACGUGAACAAUUCGGAGCUGGUCCCACGCAUUGACGAUUCUGCAACUUCCACGUCCGCCAGCAUCACGGCGCCCACGAGCCCGAGACCGACGCCGCCGCCUAGCCACAGCUCGCCGAAACAGGGCCGCGGGUCCCGCCCCGAAGACAGCAUGCCCGCGCCCACGGCGCCGGCCCUCAAACAAGUGUCAUCUCCUGCUGCCGCGUCAUCGUCUGCGGCUCCAUCAUCUGCGGCCCCUUUUUCUCCUGCCGCUUCAUCGUCUGUCGCUUCAUCUCAGCCUGUCGAGCUGCCUGCCACACUGCCUGCCACACUACCUGCCACACUGUCUUUUUCCGGACAAGCGAGCCAUCCAGAUCGCUCUCUGAAGGACGUGCUCCCACUUCUACUCAACAUCACCCGGGACGAGCUAAUAUCGAGCAGAAACGCCAUACAUCAGUCCACCAAACAGCUCCUUGAAAGCAGGUCCCGCCACACAGAGAGCUUGGUUGCAGCUGAUCCCAACAGGGACUACCUCGUCGAUAUAAGACGCAGGAUCCAAAUCAUAGAUCAUACCAAAGGCUCUGAGUACGAAACUUCCCUCGGAGCUGGACUCCCACCAAGACCCAGCAAACCUAACGAUAACGAAACUAAUGACUCCAACGCCUCCAAGCCCCCGCUUAACUGGGCUUCACUUCUCCAAUCCGCAGUGCAGAAACCUGCCAAGCUCAAGGCCCACACGCCUCUGAAUGGGCAAUACGCAUCCAAGCCCCUCCCGCCUUCUGUUUCUGUGGCCCCCACGCUGACUGACCGAUGCCAAUCCCUCGGCUUGUUGGUGAUGUCGAUGUUGUACGACCCCGCAUUCAAUCUUAAUGCUCACGAACCAUACACACUAAAACCGCGAGGUCUUACCAACACCGGUAACAUCUGCUAUAUGAAUGCCGUCCUUCAAUGCUUGAUCUAUUGUGCGCCGUUCAACAAGACUCUUCGGCUUGUCGAGGAAAAGUCCCUCGGUAUCUUGGGUAAGUCUUCGACCCCUGUCCUUGAUGCCACCAUUAAGUUCGUGAACGACUUUGCAACCGUUACCGCCACGAGCAAGUCAGGCGGAAGCUCCACCAACAGCGAGGGUAUCGUGGUCGGGCGCCCGCUUUCCCCAGAGAGCCUCUACAUGAAACUUGUCGAAAACCCCAAAUUUCAGCAUCUCAAAUGGGGCCAGCAAGAAGACGCGGAGGAGUUCUUGGUCUAUUUGCUCGAUGGUCUCCACGAGGACUUUGUGACGGCAGAAGCUUCCGUGACUGCUGAUCAAAUGGAGCAACUUAUAUCUUUGUACGGACUGAAACUUGACGCCCCACAUGCUCAAGACCUCAAGACGAGAAUGAAGAACGCCCUUCGCCUAGUGAAGCAUGUCGAGAAUGAUGCUGCUGAAGAUCAUGAGGGUUCGCAAGACGAGCAAAGUGAAAACGGCUGGUCAGAAGUGGGAGGCCGUCGUAAAGUCUCCAGCAAGAGAGUCUCUGAAGUGGAGCCAUCUCCAAUCACCAGCAUCUUUGGUGGACGUUUCCGCAGCGUAUUGACCGUUCCAAAGUCUAAGGAAUCGCACUCCAUUACUGUUGACCCAUACAGAUGUAUUCUGUUGGAUAUUUCACUGUGUGAUGUACAAACUAUUGAAGAUGCGUUGUGGAAAUUGAAUGAAGUGGAAAACCUCCCUUACAAAACUGAAGGCGGACUAGAAGUGGUGGCGCAAAAACAAACGUAUAUCGAGGAUUUACCAGAAGUGCUUACAUUGCAACUCAAGAGGUUUUCGUUUCAACAGAAACAAGAACAACUGCUUGGUAAUGGCUUGGAGCCAACGGUGAAUGAGUUGUCUCAUUUCCACGGUGUUGGGAAAAUCGAGAAAGUGUUGAAGAAUAUCAGCUAUGGACUUGACUUGGCGAUUCCUCUUGAGUCAUUAUCUACUGCUGCCCGGCACACGCAAAACAGAAAUUAUCUGUUGACUGGUGUGAUCUACCACCACGGGCGUAAUGCAGAGGGAGGACAUUAUACAUGUGACGUGCUUCGCGGAGACAAGAAAUGGCUUCGAAUUGAUGACACUGCCGUUGAGCCGAUUAAUGCUGAUGCGGUGACGGAAAAGCCCGAGGCCACUGACAAGAGUGCCUACAUUUUAAUUUAUCAAAGGAAGCAGGCCUCUGACACCUGAGGACACUCUUAAUGAAAGUAUGGAAAUAGAGUAACAAAACAUUUAGAGACGGGAGAGUAGAACUUGUAAUUACUUCUUGCCUCUCAGCUUCGACCCACCAGUUUCAGAGCUAUGAAAAGAUCAUUGCGGUAAUUCUUUUGCGCUUCUGUAAAAGGGUUGGUACGGGUGUAUCACCACAUUGCUGAAAUCCCAGACACCUUUCUCGGCAUAAACGUCCAGUUUCAAAAACUCCAAGACUUCCGAUUUGGUCUCGGCU